AUGUACGCGGCGGCGGGCGGCGCCUCGCUCGCGGGCAGAAAGGCGCGUCAACACGGCCGCCACCCCGCGCCGACUAGCCCGCACCCGCACAGCCCCGUACACCCGGCCCCGACCGGCGUCCGCGCCUACUCGUGCCAGCAUUGGGAAUCCCGCCUGCUCCCGCCGCCGCGUCCGCUAUCCGCCGCCGAGCCCUCGCAAUGCGAUCUCGUCGAGGUACAGCCGACAGUAUGUAUAAAGCAUCUUACAGUAGAAAGUAAGUACAAAAUCAACAUGUGUUCUGAAGUGUUAAUUAAUGAAGUGCAGAAAGUGGGAAGGCCAUGA